AUGGAACAUAACUUUUCAGAUUUCCACAAGGAAUGGAUGGCAGAACUCGAAAAGCUAGUUGAAUCGGACAGAGACGAGUCAAUUCCGAAAAGUAGGCUCGACAAACUGACCGCCCACCACAAGGCGUACUACACUCGAAAAUGGGCCGCGGCCGAAGAAGACAUAGCGGCUUUCUACGCGGCCGAGUGGCUGAACCCAUUCGAGAAGGCCCGCAUGUGGGUCACCGGGUGGAAGCCCUCGUCUGCUCUCCAGCUGGCGGAGUCGAUGAAGUUGAGCGAUGAGCAGAGGCAUAAGAUGGCACGUGUGCGAGCGGAGAUAAAGACGGAGGAGGAGAAGGUGGAGAGUGAGAUGCGGAGUCUACACAAUGUGGCCACUGCCGACCCCGAAAUGCUGGAGCUGAUGCGUAUGGGGAUGGAAGCCGACAGAAGCGGGAGCCCCACAGCCAUGGCUGAGGUCGACAAAAUGGUCGACGAGGCACUGAAAAUGUUGAAGGGCCGCCUGUUGAAGCUGAUGAAAAUGGCUGAUUGUGCACGCCUCAAGGCGUUGAAAGGGGUUUUGGAUGUGGUGGGCCCCGUUCACGGCCUGACUUACUUCACUUCGGUCUCCAUCUUUCUCAUUGGGCUUAGGAACUUGGGGGAGCCAAGAUGA